AUGUCGGCCACUACCACUGCUGUGCUCUCAAAAGUAAGGCGCAUGAUUCCGCCAAUGCUUGAGACAUUCCACAAAGGACAACUCGGCCGCGUUGCUGUCAUCGGCGGCAGCCAGGACUACACCGGGGCUCCGUAUUUUUCGGCCAUGGCCAGCGCAAGGCUAGGCUGUGACUUGUCGCAUGUCAUCUGCACGCCAGCCGCAGCUGCCGUGGUCAAGACAUAUUCUCCCAACCUGAUGGUUCACCCUUUGAUGCGACAGGGCCCAUCCGAUGCCGCGGAAUCGGGUGCCGCACAGGAGUCAUCCGCCAGUCCGGACAAGAUUGCGGCUCCAAUCAUCGACAUGCUUGCUCGCCUCCAUGUUCUCGUCAUCGGCCCCGGCCUCGGCCGUGAUCCGCUGAUGCAAGAUACCGUGGAACGAGUUAUCCGUGCGGCGAAAGACAAGAAGAUCCCGAUGGUUCUCGAUGCGGAUGCCCUCCAGCUCGUUCAAAAGGACGCGAACCUCAUCAAAGGCUACACCGAAGCCGUGCUGACACCGAACGUGGUCGAGUUCGAUCGACUCUGGAAGGCGGUAGGAGUUGAAAGUAGCGAAAGCGAGAGCGAAACGCACAGAGUAGAAGCUCUAUCCAACGCCCUCGGAGGUGUUACCAUUAUACAAAAGGGGAAGCAGGACCACAUCUCGAACGGCAAGGUUACAUUGACUGUUGAUCUCGAAGGUGGCAGGAAGCGAAGUGGUGGCCAGGGCGAUACGCUCACGGGAAGCGUUGCAACGUUUCUUGCCUGGAGGAGAGCAUACGUUGACAAGCUCUGGGACGAUCCGGAGACACCUCGCUUGGGCCAGGAGGAAAUGGUCGGGCUGGCAGCGUUUGGUGGCAGCGCCAUCACAAGAGAAUGCUCCCGAAUCGCCUUUUUGAAACGCGGGAGGAGCCUACAAGCAAGUGAUCUCACGGACGAGAUUCACAACGCCUUCAUUGGUCUCUUUGGCGAGGUCGACGAGAAUGACAGCACUUCCAAGCUCUAA